UCAUUUCCCUGAGUAAAUCGAAUAAUUUAUCGAUCAUUCUCUCUCUCCCAAUCUGCUUCACUCGCCAAACCUCUUUUCUUCGCCGGAACCCUAGGUCCGCUCCAUCAGCUUGAAUUUUCCGUAGAUGAACGUGCGAUUAGGGAACAUCUGAGGUCGGUUUUCGUCGCCGAAUGGAGGGAGGAAUAGCCCCAUGGAUUAUGAUGACAGUGACUUUCAAAACCACAAUCUCCAUUUAGCUGGUGAAGCUAACACUAAGUUUCCUCCGGUGUCUCUUCCAAGGUUUGAUUUUGACGAGAGGUUUGAUAGUUUAGUCGAAACUGAGGGUUUUCUUGGUAUUGAGGGUAACGAAGAUAGUAACUGGAUUGAGGAUUUCUCUCGUGGAAGUAGUGGUGUAGUGUUUAGCUCAGCUGCAACAGAGUCUUGUGCCAUUUCUAGGCAUACUAAUGUUUGGUCUGAGGCUACUUCGUCAGAAUCCGUUGAAAUGCUUUUGAAUUCAGUUGGACAGGAGGACCAAGUCAUUGUAAGAGAGAAAGAUAAUUCUAUCAAGACUUCGGAUGAGCUAGGCUGCACAAUGGAUCAAUUGGAGCCUGGUCAGACAAACCUUGAGACUAUUCUUUCCAAAGAGGAAACUCCCAUCAACCCUUCUGUGGAUGAUACUCCAGGAGACUCCUCCUCUGUGUGCAAGACAGAUGCUGGACAGGAACAGGUCCCGCUGAAAGAUGACUCACCAACUCUUGUGCAGGAGGAGUCGGAAGAUAAUGCCAUUUUGGCUUCAAAUACAGCGGCUGUGCCUGUAGAGGUUGUGGAUACUGCUUGUCAUGAUAAGAUAGGGACUGAGACAACGGAUAGUCUUCUUGACCAAACCGUUGCGGAAAAUAAUGCAGUUUUAGCUCAUGUGAGUUCUGCUGGUCUUGAUUCGAUAGGAACUGAGACGACUGACAGUGUUCAUAACCAAACCGUUACGGAAGAGGCAUCCAUGGAGGAAAACAGUGUCGUUUUACCUUCAGAUACCGGGACUGUAGAGGCUGUGGAUACUGGUGGUCAUGGUAAGAUAAGAACUGAGACUACUUAUAGUCUUCUUGACCAAACACAAGACGAAGCCAACACAGAAUCAAGGAUGGAAAUUGAUUGUAGCCACGGAACUGUACAGACUGGGGUUUCUGCUAGUGGUGAGUUGAAUAAUCAGACCACUUUGCUUCCAGAGGUUUUCAAUGAUGAAAAUGAUAUCAGCGACCACACUGCUAAGUCUGAUUUGAAGGAUAUGGAGCUAUCUGAUGUCACGGUACUAGAAAGAGGGGACCAAGCUCUCUCUGCUCUUGAGGUAGCUGAACCAGACGUUUCAGGGACCCAAUGCCAAGAUCUUCCUGUCAGCAGUGCGAAUACCAGCGCAACUGUUGAAGCAUCUUUGGAACUCACUGGGGUAUUACCAAAUAUAACAAGCAGUGAACAUGAAUCUACUUUUCAGACUGAGACACAUACAGAGAUACUUCGAGUUGAGACUUCAGAAAGUGUUAAUGUUUCACAAAUGGACUCAAUGGUUGAAUGCACAGAUGGUGAUGUGUCUAAUAAGGGUGACAAUAAGGAAGGUAGUGCUCGCAUAUCUUAUCUCAAACAAAGCAUGGAAUUAGCUGUCAAUGCCAAUGAUAGAGAUCAGGAUGCCAAGAGCUCUCAAGUCUUAUCUGAAAGCUUUGUAUCCGAGUCUGUUCGUUAUGUUUCAAGAGACUCUGCAUCCAAGCUGUUGGAGUCAAAUUCUCAGUCUGACACCAUUCCAAAAGAAAAUCCAGGGACUAUGAUUGACAUUAAAGAAUGUAAAGCCUUUCCUCUCAAACCUGAAGAAUCGCAACAUCUAAGCCAAGAUGGAGCUUCUGCUGUCAGUCUUACAUCUUCAGUAGAUUUACAUAUGGUGACUACAUCAUCUGAGGCUAAUGAGCAAGUCAAUUUCUCUGUAACCGAGAAGGUUUUAUCUGGCGAACCUGAAAAUUGCCAAACUGUUUCACCUGUGGAAGCAAGUAAUUCCGGGAUUCAUAUUGCACAACAACCUAGCAAGCAUACUGAAGAUACUCAGCAAAGUACACAAUUUUUCGAUGGUUGUCCUACCUCUGAAGGGGCAAAGGAUGCAGUAGAUGCUGAUGCCGCUGGACAAGUUUUGCCUCAGCAGUGCGAGGAAACAAUUUUAGAAAAAAAUCUAACAGAAGUUGUAGACGUCCCUGAGACUCGGUCAAUUCUGGACAAGGAUGCCUUAAAUGAAAACCCUAAAGCUAGCUCCUUGGCUAAUCUUCGGAGUGAAGCUGUGGCAGAUUGCCAGGAAGAGGAUAAGACUGCUGCAUCCGGUAGGAUUAUGACAUCUGCGACUUCUGUUUCAUACCCCGCUGAUCCGGAUGCCAAGAGCUCUCAAGUCUUAUCUGAAAGCGUUGUGUCUGAGUCUGUUGGUUAUGUUAUAAGAGACUCCGCAUCCAAGCUGGUGGAGUCAAAUUCUCAGUCUGACACCAUUCCAAUAGACAAAUCAGGGACAAUGAUUGACGGUAAAGAAUGUGAAGCAUUUCCUCUCAAACCUGAAGAAUCGCAACAUCUAAGCCAAGAUGGAGCACCUGCUGUCAGUCUUACAUCUUCAGUAGAUUUACAUAUGGUGACCACAUCAUCUGAGGCUAAUGAGCAAGUCAAUUUCUCUGUAACCGGGAAGGUUUCAUCUGCCGAACCUGAAAAUUGUCAAACUGUUCCACCCGUGGAAGCAAGUAAUUCAGGGGGUCCUAUUGUACAACAACCUAGGAAGCAGACUGAAGAUACUCACCAAAGUACACAAUUUGUCGAAGGCUGUCCUGCCUCUGAAGGGCCAAAGGAUGCAGUAGAUGCUGAUGCCGCUGGACAAGUUUUGCCUCAGCAGUGUGAGGGAAGAAUUUUAGAAGAAAAUCUAGCAGAAGUUGUAAACGUCCCUGAGUUUCAGUCAGUUCUGGACAACGAUGCCAUAAAUGAAAACCCUAGCGCUAGCCCCUUGGCUAUGACUGCUGCCGGUGGGAUUAUGACAGCUGCGACUCCUGUUUCACACCCCACAGAUUCGUGGAAUAAAAGGAUGUGCACUCAUCGAAAACAUAUACCUGUCCUUGCGGAUAUUGCAGGUGGUGUAAUUGAAAUAGGAGUGUCCUGUGCUUCUACAAGUUCUGAGCCUUUUGUAAAGUCCCAUGUUGCUGGAACUGAAAACGCUGCUACAAAUUUAGGGUCUCCUGUCAUUUCUUCCCCAGCUCGUAAGAUGACCGAACUACAACUUAAUAAGACAGAGGAUCAGAAUACUUUGAGUUUGAUGGCUACCGAAUCUCCGGUCUUGAAUAGAAACCCGACCUUCAGCAGUGGGCUGAACUUGACUUCCGAUCCAAGGAAAGCAGUGGAAAUUUCCGAAACUACCCUUGUCUCUCCGAUAGUGGUGGGAUCUCCGUCUAAAUCUAGCUUAGAGAAAACAGCUGCGAAGUCUUCGAAAAGAAAAUCUGAGCGUAAACCCAGGCGAACACCUAAAUCUGCAGGAAAAGAGACUUCUAGAAAAGGAAAUAGUGUAAAGGGGGCUGCACCUUUUCAACAUUUUCAAAGUGCAGGCAAAGCAAAUGCUGUUAAUCAGAAUUCUGGUUCUUCUACUCAAAUCACACACUCUACUGAGAAACAGCAAAGUCUUCAGACUCCUGUUCUUAAUUCGUUUGGUACCCUUUCAGCCCCCACGACUAGUCUACCGGAUAUGAAUUCGACUGCUCCCUCAAGCAUUUUUCGUCGACCUUUCACUGACUCGCAACAAGUGCAACUACGUGCACAGAUUUUUGUUUACGGUGGUCUGAUCCAAGGGACAGCACCCGAUGAAGCGUAUAUGAUAUCUGCAUUUGGUGGUGCAGAUGGUGGGAGAGGCACUUGGGAGAAAGCAUGGCGUGCUUGUGCUGUAAGGGCUCAGAGAAUGCGUGUUUCUAGUCCUGAAACGCCAUUGCAAUCACGUGCAGGGAAGACAGAGACCCCGUCAAUGAGUCACACCAGUAGCAAAGCGAGUUCAGCGACGAAACCCAUAAUUCCACUCUCAUCACCUUUAUGGAGUUUGUCAACUCCCCUCGAAACUUUACAAUCAAGAAGCAUUCAGAGAGGUUCAGCUGCUGCACCACUGCCUUCUUCAUCACAUGCUCAUCAAGCUGCAUCGGUUACGAAUAUUGGACAUAAUACGGCUUGGAUGUCCCCUCUCCCUUACCCCAACCCGUGGCUUGCUUCUCCGCAGACCAGUGGGUUCGAUGUUGGUUCUCGUUUCCCCGUUUUCCCGAUCACCGAAUCUGUAAAAUUGACACCCACAAAAGAAUCGUCCUUGCCUUACUCUGGCGGUAAGCAUGUUCUGAGUGGAACUUCUGGCAAUAUUUUCAAAGGGACACAAACACUUGAGCCAGCCAGUACAGUUGUAGCACCUGCUCAACACUCCACUGGGACGAAAUCAAGGAAACGGAAGAAAAUGCCAGUCUCUGUGGAGUCUGAUCCAAGCAUUUUGAAUUCGCUACAGCAGACAGAAGUAGUUGUCUCACCUCUUGUUUCUAUAUCAACACCUGUACCUAUUACAGCUGCUCCGGGUAGUCUGACUUCUAACGCAGGCACCCUGCCCAGUGUUGAUUCCAUCUCUGCAGUCCCUAUGAACCUGGUAUCUACGUUCCCUGGAAAGAAAAUGAAAUCAUCUUUGCAAUCCCCAAUUUUUGGUGGUAACCUUGUAUCUGAAGUUAAGCAGAGAUCUGUGUUACCGGCAGAUACCAUUGAUAAGCUUAAUGAGGCUAAGAUGCAUGCAGAGGAUGCUUCUGCUCUCGCUACUGCAGCCGUUAGUCACAGCGAAUACGUAUGGAAGCAGAUAGAGCAACAGAGGCAUGCUGGCCUCCAGCCAGAAACUCAAGGCAGAUUAGCUUCCGCUGCUGUUGCCAUAGCUGCUGCCGCUGCAGUGGCAAAGGCUGCAGCUGCCGCCGCCAAUGUCGCAGCUAAUGCGGCAUUUCAGGCAAAAUUAAUGGCUGAAGAAGCAUCCCUUCCUAGUGUUUCUUAUCAGGGUAAUGAACUCCACAAGUCAAAUGAUGUACUAACUCAAGGCCAGGGUACCCCUGCUUCUGUCUUGAAGGGUGAAGGUGCAGUGGUCAGCUCCAGUCCGUUCCUUAGUGCUGCCAGAGAGGCGGCUAAGAAGAGGGUCGAGGCUGCCACAGCGGCCACCAAACGAGCUGAAAAUGUGGAGUCCAUUGUUAAGGCAGCAGAACUGGCAUCAGAGGCGGUUUCACAAGCUGGAAUACUUGUUUCAAUGGGUCAUCCUCCGUCGCUCAAUAAGCUGGUGGAGGUGGGUCCAAGUAAUUAUUGGAGGCAGGCUCAAGAAUCUGAGAAAGUGCAGCCUUGUAAAGUGGGUGUAUUAGAAAAAGAAACUGAGACUACUAGUGAUAGAGGUUUUGCUAGUCCCAGCACUGCGCAUACUGAGUUGGAUGGCUCCGCGAGAACAGCUGAUGGUCUAGGUCUAGGUCUAGGUCUAGGUCUAGGUCUAGUUUCUGCCACUGGAAAGAAAACAAAUGGACAGAAAGGUCAUAUAAGUGCAGACGUGGCUAAACACACUGCUGGAGUUUUCGAGCCAGAAGUUGGGUCAAAAUCUUCGAUUGACACCCAGACUGAAAGUGAGCAGAUUAUGAGAAAAGCAAACGACGAGUGCAUCAAGGAAGGUUCUCAUGUAGAGGUUUUCAAGGAAGGACCUGAAUUAAGAACCGCAUGGUACUCUGCCAAUGUAUUGAGCUUAGAGGAUGGGAAAGCUUAUGUGCUGUUCAGUGACCUUUCUGUAGAACAAGGAACAGAUAAGCUGAAGGAGUGGGUAGCCCUCAAAGGUGAAGGUGAUGAGGCCCCGAAAAUAAGAACUGCUCGUUCUAUUACUGCCCUGCCAUAUGAAGGAACCAGGAAGAGGCGCAGAGCUGCCAUUGGGGAUCCUGUUUGGAAACUUGGAGAUAGGGUAGACUCGUGGGUUCAUGACAGUUGGUUGGAGGGUGUUAUCACGGAGAAGAACAAAAAUGAUGAAAAUACAGUGACUGUGCAUUUUCCAGCACAAGGAGAGACUUUGACUAUCAAAGCUUGGAAUCUUCGUCCUUCUCUUGUAUGGAAAGAUGGAAGGUGGAUUGAAUGUUCUACUUCAGGAGAAAGCAUCAGCUCGUCACAUGAGGGUGAUACUCCAAAGGAGAAGCGUCCUAGACUAGGAGCUCCAGCUCCUGUGGCUGAAGGAAAAGACACGAAAAUGGAAACUGCCGUUGAUCCGGAUUUAGGCAAACCGCCUCAGACUGGUGUUCUUGACCUCGGUGUUUCAGAGACUACAUUUAACAUCGGGAGAAAGGAGGGCAAUCCUGGUCCACUCCGAAUGAAGAGAACCGGUUUGCAAACGCAGGGAGCAAAAGUGAUCUAUGGUGUCCCUAAACCUGGAAAGACAAGGAAGUUCAUGGACGUGAGCAAACAUUACGUUUCAGAGGCGAGCAAUCAAACUCGGAAACAGAAGGAACCAGCUAAGGCUGUGAAACCAAUUGUGCCCCAAAAUCCAGGACCAGGGAGCUGGAGAUUGCCUUCUAAACCGAGAGAAAAACAGACAACAACAACAACGAAGCCCAAGACUUUCAAACCUGCGCCCAAGACCAAAGAGAAGCCGGUUGCUGCACCUAGGAUAAUUCCCCGCAAGGACUCUCGUAAUACAACAUCCUUAAAUAUGGAAUCUGAAGAUGCCGUUGGUCAGAGUGGAGAGAACAAAGGUCCUGCAUCAACUUCCAGGGAUCCAGCCAAGGGAACAGGGGAAGAGCAAAUCACAUCAUCUUCACAAGGCCAAGAUAGUUCCUCCUCGACCACUACUGGGAAAGGGAAAGUGGCUCCUACUGCAGGGAGGUUACCCAAGAUUGAAGAGGCCAAGGCGUUGGAUGAUAAUUCUUCAAAAGCAUCAGAUGGAAUGGAACCACGUAGGUCUGUCCGCAGGAUUCAGCCAACUUCUAGACUACUUGAAGGUCUGCAAACAUCCAUGAUGACCUCAAAGAUUCCUUCCAUGUCACACAGCAGAAGUCACCAAAGUCAAAGGAAACAGUAACUCUAGAGAUUUUGUUUUUGGCAGGCAAGUAGGUAAUGGAAGGAGCAAAAGCUAAGUGCACAUAAAAACCUAAAAGGAAGUAAGAGGCAGUCUGCUGCUGUUUGGUUCAAGCUCCGUUGUUGGUUGGGGGAGAGAUGAUAUGUUAUUGUAGGUGUGUUUUUGAUGUUUAUUUUAGUCAGAUGUUCUCUCUCUCUCUCUCUCUCUCUCUCUCUCUCUCUCUCUCUCUCUCUCUCUCUCUCUCUCUCUCUCUCUCUCUCUCUCUCUCUCAGUCGGUGUGUCUCAGUGAGAUAAGAUGAAGUAUAUUCGUGACAUUGUUGUAGGAACUAAAACAAAAGUUUUAUUAUUGCCAAGUAUCAUCAUCAUCUUCCCUGACUCUA